AUGAAUUGCACGCCUCCCGCAAUAGACGAUUUUCCAAAAGAUGUAUUUACCGAAAAACAAAGGCAAGAUGGCGCCGUUAUACUUCACGUAACCGCUUCACUGUACCUAUUUGUAGCCCUCGCAAUAGUCUGUGAUAAGUACUUUGUUCCUGCCGUCGAAAAAAUAUGCCAAGCUCUAAACAUGUCAAAAGAUGUGGCGGGAGCAACGUUUAUGGCAGCUGCAACGUCAGCACCUGAACUUUUCGUUAACGUAAUUGGAACUUUUAUCACAGAGGGAGACAUCGGCGUGGGUACUAUCGUCGGAAGUGCUGUUUUCAAUAUUCUUGCAGUUGCAAGUUGUUGCGGAAUAGGAGCUGGAACCGUUGUGCCCUUAGACUGGUGGCCUCUCACGAGAGAUUGUCUCGGUUACGGUGUCACUGUUGCCAUAUUAAUAUGCAUAAUACACGACGAGAGAAUCGAAUGGUACGAAGCUCUUGUCCUCGUACUUCUUUAUAUUGUUUACAUAGCGAUCAUGUAUUGGGACAAAGCCAUUCAAAGAUGUGCCAGAAGGAUUUUACGAUUAAAUAAUAAAAAAACGGGAGCGACCACCGCCAUCGGUGAUGUAGAAUCAAAUAAAAAUGAAACGGAUGUUAAGAAAGGUACCACGACGAUUGGUUUUAACGAAACGAGUGACACUAAAAAAAUCGUGUCGUUAGAAGAUUUAUCCGUUCAAACACCACCUCAAUGUCAAACGCAUAUACAACAAUCAUCUGGACCGGGACAACAACAAAAUGGCGCCGUAAAAAAUCAAACGUUGAAACAAGAAGUUUUCAAAGAAAAAAACGAACAGGAAACGGAUGAAAACGACAGUCCAGUUUUCGGUCCUCUUUUCGAAUGGCCUUGUAAACAAUCAUGUUUGAAACAAAUUAUUUGGAUCGCCGUUUGGCCGAUGAGAUUAAUUUUCUUCGUCAGCAUACCAGAUUGCGAAAAACCAAAAUAUAAAAAAUGGUUUCCGUUAACGUUCAUCAUGUGCAUCAUAUGGAUCGGAAGUUUAUCAUACGUCGUGGCAUGGAUGAUAACGAUAAUAGGUGACACGUUAAAAAUUCCGGAUUCCGUUAUGGGCAUAACAUUCUUAGCAGCCGGUACGAGCGUUCCAGAAGCCGUGUCGAGUGUCAUUGUCGCCAAACAAGGACAUGGAUCGAUGGGCAUAUCGAAUUCCAUAGGUUCGAACACGUUCGACAUUCUUUUGUGCCUCGGAUUGCCUUGGCUGAUAAAAUCCUCGUUUUUACCAAUAAAUCCAGGACGUCAUUUCGUGGGUAUCAAUUCCAGAGGAUUAGAAUAUAGCGCGAUAUCUCUCUUAUCAUCUCUCCUAUUACUUUACGCAACUUUUUAUUCGAAUAAAUUCAAAUUGGAUAGAAAAGUCGGACAAAUAUGUCUUCUCAUGUAUGCCGUUUUUUUAAUAUUAGCAUCACUCAUUGAAUUAAACGUUUUUUUCGAUGUCAAUCUACCGACUUGCGGUCGAUAA